AUGGCUGAUACCACGACCCUGGGCGACCCCCACAAGGUGCUUGACUGGUAUAAUAGACUUUGGUCUCGAACCGUCGAUCUUGUUGGCGACUUUUUGGGGAGCGAGCUCUUCAUCAUCGACGGCGACUCGCUUCUCCUAGAGUGCUUCUCCAAUGAGAAGCUCGACUUUUCCCCAGGAUUCCAGCUACUGCACGCAACCUACCUUGUCGAAAAAUUCUUGCAGAAGCUCCAACAACGCAAGUGCGUUUUUGAGAUUGUAUUCUUCGAUCGGAAUGCCCCAUUCUGCGUCCCUGUAGGCAGUGCUGAUGACAUCCGAUACCUUCUUGCUCGUGAGGCAAUCAUCCAACAUCUCAUUACGAUUUCUUCUCGUGAGCAACAGGAACACAAGUUCGAUGUCCAUGUAUUUAAAACCUUCCAUUCCGAAUCUUUCAAAGAACAUUUACUGCAAUCAGGGGCCUAUUUGUUCAUGUGUCACGAAGGAGACGCUAUUGACAAAGAACAAGGCAACGGAGGUGAUACUAAUGAUGAUGACAAGGUUCUGUCAGAUAAAGGAAGUGAUAAUUUUCAAGAGAACACCGACAAUGAUAUUACUGUUGCAAACGAGUAUGAUACUCAGUCUCUUAAACUGAGCUCGAUGUUUGGGCUCAGACUCAUGAUUUGUUGGUUUGUUACGCAUGGAUGCAACAUUGCUCUGAUCAACAACCUUGAAUUCCGGGAUACAAAGGUUAUGGCCAUGGUGAUCCAAGGUUCAGCAGAAGCGCACAGCGCCUCUCUGGUACACGAGCUCCCGAGGGCAGACACACUUGAUACCUUGCAACCCCCAGAAACCAAAAAGGUGGAUCAACAAGGCAAACCUACGAAGGCCGCAGAGUCCACACGUACUGGAGAUCAAGAGAAGAGCCGUUCCACGCAGAAACAUUCGAAAUUCGCCCCACUAUCUGAUCUUCUCAGAAUAGCAAUCCAUGAAUAUCCAGGCCUGACGCAAAGCCAAUACCUUUCAGUCGUAUCCCUAGCAGUCAUGCUCAAUGCUGUCCCCUUAGACAGCUUCCAUGAGAUAUCUACUGGAGCAACUUCAGUGAUUUUGCACCUUGUCAUUCUGCAAAAUGCUAAGCUUGAAGAUCGAGUGAUACAAGCCCCCGGGAAUGUGAAUACGGCAUUUUUUGAUGCAUUUCUGAGAAUUUGCAGAGAAGUGCUCAGCUCAACAUGUUGGAGAAAUACGAUGAAAAAACACAACUUACGUUGCGAUCUCUCUGAUCUUGCGGAUGGGAGGAUGUUCUUCCAAGUUCAGGCCAUGAUAGAAAGUCUCGGUAUCAACGGUGUCAUCACAUCCACGACGCUCUUGCCGUUCAAUAAUCUUGCUUCUUUGGUAGACCGUCUCUGCAGCACGAAGUUUCGCUGUGAGGUGAUGGACAGGGCAGACGAUGGCACUGGAAAGGUGACACCUGCAGAGAGAUUUGGUGACAAGGAAUCAAGAAAGGAGCCCACCUCAAGACUCAACGGUGAGUCUCCAAACUUCACUAAGGUCCUCCCAUUCAGGAAUGCCAUUUUCGACGAACAUCUCAAACCUGUCCAUCUUGAAAUUGACGAAUCUUUUGAUGGAGGAGAGGAAAUUAAUACCAAGAAGUUCCUAGAACUAACUCAUUGGCAUAAUUCAAAGCCCCUCGACCAGAAAAGGGCAGCUUUAACACCCCGGGACUGGCGACACCAAAAGUGGGAUCAGCUCUAUAUGGCCGAGAUGCGGCGUUACGCAGAAAGUCUAUUGGGAUCAGUGGGCAUGUCUCAAACGGAGACCAUUAUCGUCGAACGCUCCAGCGAUCGGCACAAAAAGCCCCUUAUCAUGAGAGAGAAGCAGCCCUCGACACAGAAGAAUAGAUCUAAGGGGUCUGUAGGGCCGUCGGUGAGGGAGGUAGCGGCUGCGACAAUUCAGCAAAAAGCAGCUGAGCGAGAGCAGAGGAAGAGAAAACAAUGGGCAGUUAGCCUUCGAGAUUUCUCGAAGGUCACGGAUGCGAUGGUUCGAUCCACGAAAGUUGAAGAGUACUUGUCCGGAUUGUCCAAGGACGAUCGCUGCAUUUUGGAACCGGAGAUUCUCACCUACCUUCUUGAUACAUUGAUUCAGGCAGUCUAUGCUGAGAAAGGACGUGAUAAAAUGAAGUUAACACUCCUUGCAACACAUAUCUGGAGCGUCCUUGCUCGCCUGAUGAAAAUCGGGCAAGGCAUCAGUGCUGAUACCUCGAACUACGUCGAGAAAGUCUGUCGACGCCUUGGCCUGCCACUAGUUCAACUUGAGAUCCAGGUCGAACGACCUCUAUCCUUCAAGCUCUCGGAUGCGAUAUCCAAAGUGCCCGGAAUUGUGGGUGGAAUUAGCCCAGUAGACUUCCAGCUUCUGCAUGGGGGUCCCCUCAUGGACCGUAGCAUGGAUUCCUCACCAGACUCUCGAACGCCUGACUUCAAUCCUGACCGCUGGCAGCGAGAAGUACUAGAUCGGAUCGAUGAAAAGGAGAGCAUGUUUAUUGUCGCCCCGACUAGUGCUGGGAAAACAUUCAUUUCGUUCUAUGCCAUGAGGCAAGUGCUCAAGGAAGACAACGACGGAGUCCUUGUUUACGUUGCUCCCACCAAAGCACUCGUCAAUCAGAUUGCCGCUGAGGUAAUGGCUCGGUUCUCCAAGUCCUACCCAGAAAAUUCUAUCUCCAAGUCAGUAUGGGCCAUUCACACGAGGGACCACCGAAUCAACAAUCCCCUAACUUGUCAAAUUCUCAUCACCGUCCCGCAUAUUCUUCAAAUUAUGCUUCUGGCGCCCUCAAAUGCUAAGACAUGGACGCCUCGACUGAAACGCAUAAUCUUCGACGAAAUUCAUUGUAUCGGCCAAGCUGACGAUGGCGUCGUUUGGGAGCAAUUGCUUCUUUUGUCUCCUUGCCCCAUAAUCGCACUCUCAGCCACUGUUGGCAAUCCCGAAGAGUUCAAUAGCUGGCUUCAGCGUGCGCAGGGUACAAAUGGACACAACUUGAAAAUGAUACAGUAUCAGCAUCGAUACUCUGAUCUGAGGAAGUAUGUGUAUCAUCCUCCACAGGCCUUCUCAUUCAAAGGAUUUGCUAAAACUAGUGGUCCAUCACACCUGGGACUUGAUAAAGCUGAUGGGAUGGAGCUCAUGCAUCCUGUUCUCAGCCUGGUUGAUCGCUCAAGAGGCAUACCAGAUGACUUCAGUCUUGAGCCGAGAGACUGUUUGACUCUGUGGAAGGCAAUGAACGACGUGCAAACCAAUGAUUUCCCCGUUGAUGUUUCUCUCGAUCCAUUUAACCGGUUUUCUGCCACUAUAGUCCAGAAGAAGCAUGUCGUUGAAUGGCAAAAACCGCUGAAAGAUUUACUCAGGAAAUGGAUGAAAGACAGGAAGUCGCCCUUUGAAGCCCUUCUACGUCGCCUCAGCGGAUCCGAUACAGGACUCACAACUGCUGCCGGUGUAGGUAAAGUGGGAAAUUUAUCUGCAUCCUCAGAGGCCUCUGGAAUCGUAUCUUCGACUCUUCCAUUGAUCUGCUCGCUUCACGCUCAAAACGCGCUUCCGGCAUUGUUCUUCAACUACGAUCGAAGCAAAUGUGUAUAUAUAUGCUAUCAUCUGCUGACCGAGUUGCAGGAGGCAGAAGAAAAAUGGAAAGCAACAAGCCCAAAAUGGAAAUCCGACAUGGACAAAUGGAACGAGCGACAGAAGCUAGAAGCCAAGAAGAAGAAGACCUCGGGGGCUACCAAGGCUACCAAGAAGAAAGGUGCUUCUAAUGACGAGCCAAUGUCACGUAUGGAUCAGCUGAGAGAAUCAGCAUCUGUUGAAAAUAGCCAGUCCGAGCUUUUUGAUCCGGAGAGGCCCCAGGAUAUGUUCAGUCUGUCAGACUUUACGAAGCUGCAAUUAUCUGAGUUUGCUGUGUAUGCAGAGCAGCUCAAACGGCGUGGAAUUCACAAAUGGCUCAUUGACGCACUCGAGAGGGGGAUAGGCGUGCACCAUGCAGGCAUGAAUCGAAAGUACCGUCAGAUUUGUGAAAUACUGUUUCGACGGGGUUUCUUGCGCGUUGUCAUUGCAACAGGCACAUUGGCUUUGGGUAUCAAUAUGCCAUGCAAGACGGUUGUCUUCUCGGGAGACUCUGUAUUUCUGACGGCCCUCAACUUUCGACAGGCUGCCGGCCGAGCAGGACGUCGUGGAUUUGAUCUCUUGGGCAACGUUGUUUUCCAGCAUAUUCCAACCGCUAAGAUUCAACGACUCAUCAGCUCGAGACUCCCAGACCUCAAUGGGCAUUUCCCCAUCACUACGAGCUUGGUUCUUCGCUUGUUUAUUCUUUUGCAUGGCUCUAGUCAAGGCGCGUUGGCGAUUAAGUCCAUCAACUCAAUUCUAUCACAGCCUCGCAUUUGUCUCGGUGGACCGGAGAUGAAACAGACAGUACUACAUUUCCUCCGAUUUUCCAUCGAAUACCUCCGACGGAAUCAUCUCCUCGAUAGUACAGGAGCUCCAUUGAACUUUGCAGGAUGUAUCUCCCACCUUUACUACACCGAAAGUUCCAGCUUUGCUUUCCAUGCCCUUCUUAUUUCUGGCUACUUUGACGGGCUUUGCAAGGACAUUGAGCAAAAGGAGAAAAGACAGAAUAUUCUUCGGACGCUAAUGCUUGUAAUGUCGCAUAUUUUUGGUCGUUUCCCAUUGCGCCAAUCUGUGUUAGAGUCGUAUCACGCCGCGGAGAAACGAGCAUCGUCCAUCGUGGUUCUCCCGCCGUUGCCAAAAGAGGCUGAUCAGGUACUUCGUGCUCAUAACAGUCGGGUGCUCGACACAUACACCGGCUAUGUAUCCACAUUUAUUGACCAGCAUGUCAAAGGACAUGACCGGUAUCUCCCAUUCAGCGGAGUCGAGUGCGGAGGAGACAAAUCAGCUGCUGAACUUAGCUUGUCUCAGCAGCCUGCUCCGAAAAUCACGUCUCCAUUCUACGCCCUUUCUGGACAUCGCGAUAGUUGGACGACAGUCUCAGAUCUUUGCGAGUCUGUCCGCAGUGGUGUAUGGCUUGAGGCUUCUGUGGUUCCGUACGUACCUGUGUCGUCGGAAAGCCAGCCAUUGAAUGCAUAUCUAUUCGAUUUCUUCAAACAUGGGAACGUCCAGCAACUGGAGGCUGCCAAUCGAAUCCGUCGUGGUGAUGUGUGGUUCCUUCUCAACGACUUCUCCAUGGUACUGGCAACCAUUAACACGAGCCUGGAGAACUUUUUGAAUUCCAAAGGAGGCAACAACGUUGAUAUAAUGGAUAUGCUCAACGUCGGUGGUCGCGGCGACUCGAGAGAGUUCGAGACAGAUGCGAAGUUCGCCGACGAGGAGGUUACCGAAAUGGGUGUAGAAACGUCUCAUAACCGCCAAGAAAGAGCAGCAAGGAUAAUCUCUCCCAAAACUUCCAUUCGUGCUGGUGAGAGCAGAAUAAUUGCGGAAAAUUGGGACGACGAUGUGGUUGAAGAUACGGAGAGAGUCAGCGCAAAGAAAAAUUCCAAGCCUGGUCACCCCAAUCAGCUCAAGCCAGAACUCGAGCCAGGAGAAAGAAUAGACAACACGUCUCGAAGGGCUUUGUUCUUGGUAUGUAAGGCAUUCAACGAGCUCAAGACUGAAUUUGAUGCCAAGUUCAGGGCUAUGUGGGCAUGA